UUUGACAACAUCAUCACAGGAUUGCAAAAAUCUCACAGCUUUGACACAGACAGACACUCCAUCACUUCCUCUUUCACACACACACUCAGAAAUCUGCUUCGGAUGAACCGCUCGUGAUCAUUUGGCAGUUAGUCAUCUUGGAUGCAAACUUUAAACUUCGAGAUGGGUGUUGGUCUGGCGGCAGUCGCUUUGCUCAUCGCUCUGAUGCAAGGGGUCUUUUGUGCGACCUGGGAUGUGAUGCUGCCCCAAAGCAUCAUGGGUAUCAGUGGCUCCUGUGUCACAGUCGCAUGUCGUUUCGAGGUCCCCAGUAAUUAUCAAAGGAACAUCUGCACAGACGGUGCAGUUUGGAACAAAGGAAGCCUGACCGGACCUUCUGUCUUCAAUGCACGCAGUCCCAGCAGUAACGCCAUCAAAGGGCGAAUAGUCGGGGACAUAGCGAGGAAGAACUGCACCACGAUGUUCCACGACCUCCAAGAGAACAACAGCGACUUGUACUUCUUCAGGCUGGACUGUAUGGAGACCUUUAAGUUCACUUUCGCUGAAGGGGUCAGAAUCGUCAUUCAGCCAGGCCCGUCUCCUCCCCUGCUGAGCUCUGUGAGUCAGGCGCCUGAGGGGGCUCAGGUGAGUCUGCGGUGCUCAGUCCCAGCUCCCUGCUCCGUCCUGCCCCCCUCCAUCACCUGGCUGCCCCGAGACUCCUCCAGGCAGGAGAAGACUCAGAUACACCAGGAUGAGAACCAACAGAUGAUCAUGACGUCCUCGCUGACCUUCAACGCCUCAGCCGACCAUCACAACCAGAACAUCACCUGCUCAGUGUCCUACCCGCUGACAAAAGGGGGCAGCACGCAGCCGUCUGCAGCCACUCAGACGCUCAGCGUCCUGUACGCUCCCAGAUUCACGGUGGCAACGCUCAGCACUUCUGGUCCUGUUCCCGAGGGGCACAGUGUGAUCUUUACCUGUUCGAGUGAUGCCAACCCCCCUGUGAGCGUCUACACCUGGUACAGAGCCUAUGAUGGAAAGCUGAUUAAAAAGGGCGAAGGAGAAACGCUGGUCCUAACGGUCCGUCAGACGGACAGCGGGGUGUAUCUGUGCGAGGCUCAGACAAAGAGGGGCUCUCAGAGGUCCAGACCAGUGUCCCUGGAGGUCAAUGCCACGACAGGCAGCGGCGAUUCACUCGUGCUGAUUCCCUACAUUAUAUGUGGAGUGGUGUUGGUCCUCUACUUCCUGACGGUUGUUGUUGACGUGUACAAAUACAAAAGUCUUUCCAGGAGGCUGAAGAAGAUUGAGGUGAAGGGGGAGCACACCUACACCGCUCUGAGGACCCGCAGCGUCACCUCUGACUAUGACCAACUCCAGCCUCGGCAGCCUAAACCGAUGGUUCCUCCUGAGGUUCCCAGCUACGAGAACCUGCGAAAAUCGCCCUGCGAGCCGGUUCCGAAGCUCGGCUGCAGCCAAAGCGGAGCUGAAGGAUUGUGUUGAAGCGUUGGUCAAAGUGCUCCAAACGUUCUGUGUUACGGCUUCAAAUCUAAAUAUUUCUCCAAUUCAUUUCUGGCAAUGUCAAGUGUGAGGCCAUGUCCUUCUUGUGUUUAUUUAAAUCUUUAUUAAUAGAAUAGCCCACACGUUUCCUGUUAUUUAUCACCGUAUGUUUGCAAAAAUACAUUUUAUAAAAAUAAAGUGUGAAUAAGCUGCUUAGCAUUCCUUCGUGCUGAGUUUCUGCCAGUGAGUUUAUGAUGGCAGUAAGUGAAGAAUAAAGACUCCUUUACCCUUUAUGACUCCACAGCUUUCUCUCCUCACAUUAAUUCACUUUCAUUUUUGGGCAGCUGCCUCUGCACCACACACUCACUGCUGACGCCACUUCUGACCUGUUCAUUUCCACCGAAACACAAAAUCCUUUGAUCUGCAGAGUUACGCACGGCUUUGUGUGAUUUACUGGCGCAUGUAAACACACACAGCCUUGUGAUACUUUGACUUUUCAGCUUGUCAGCAACUCUCCACCAAUCAGCAGGAGCUAUGCUGAUGGUUCGCCAAGAUGCCUGAGUUCUGAGUUAUUACUCAGUU